AUGGCACCCGAAUUACAGAUCGAGUCGUGUCGUUUAGAAGCUGCUAAUUUCGACAGUCUUCAAAAAGUGGACAUGUGGGCAUUUGGAAUGGUUUUAUUUAAUUUGGUAAAUCCGAACCUUAAAUAUCCAUUCCAGCUUGAUCUUAAGAAGGAUGCUCCUUUAAAAAAGCAACUACCUCGUAUCCUGCAGCAACAGAAAUAUGCAACUCAAUCUAAAAAGUAUGCCUUGCAACAGGAAAGCAGUUGGGCUCCAGUUAUCGCGGUGAUGAAAAAAUGCCUCAUUUUUAAUCCUGAUGACCGGCCGACAGCUUCAGAAAUAAUGAAUCAGCUACAGCAGUUACUUUCCAAGAGUGCAGAAGAACAAACAUUUGAAUUGAAAAAACGGUAAAUUUAGAUUUAUACGCGAAUCGAAGGUUUUGAAGUAAACUGUUCCUUGUAACUGCGCGAACCCAAUAAGCACACAGCAGAUAAAAAACUUGUUAUUUAUCACGUUUCAAAGCUCAAUUAUAUUGUGUACAAAACAUAGUGUUUACUAUAGUUUUAUACGGUGUUGCGUUCCUAUGAUGUUACCACUGCAGCGUGCAACAUAGUAAUGGGCCAGUAAUAGCAUAUGAAGAGAGACCAAAGCCAAGGGCCAGUUUUGUCGCUUUAUGUUAAAAAACCCGGCAGACUAUUUUCCACAUUUUUUUUUAAAUUAAAGUGAAAAAUUGUUUUUUAACAAAGAAAUGUUUUUUAUAUAUAGAAGCGAACCUUUUAAAGAUAAGCAAAAGCAAGUUGCAGUUAUUGAUCUGACAGGUGAAUUAAAUCAAGGCAGAGAAAAAAGGUAAAUGUAGUUUGAUAUAUAAUAUUUGUUUCCGUUUUAAAUCUCUCUCUCUCUCUCUCUCUCUUCAUAACAUAAGUUAUUCUUCUAUUUUUUGUUCUGAACUCAGUUCCUCACACUUUAUCUGUUAUUUAGAGAGAAGGAACAAAAUGUGGAUGUCGAAGUGAUGAUGAACGAAGCGAACGAACAGGAAAGGUGGUUAUUAAGUAAACUCCUGCAUUAGGUUAUAAUUAUAUCAAGGUUAUCAUCUAAUAAAUGUUAAAAACUUAUGAAUAAUUAUUUAUUAUUUAUUUUAGAUAUGCACAAAUGUCUUGCAGAAGCGAACCUUGUAAUAGCCCGCUGUUAUCCGCUGCUGAAAUCACUCCUUCCAAAAGUUUACGUUCCAAGUCACUGAAUACCUCCAGGCAGUAA